GCAUUCUGUUCCAGAACACCUGUUGCAGCCAUGAUGCCUGUUGCAACCGUGAUGCCCGAUGACACACCGAUGUUUGACCCAAGUAUUCUGCAUGAACUUGACUGGAGUGAGAACACGACGACGUUUUCUCCUGCUAUUUCUCCUCUAGAUCCAGGAGAUGGCCUAGUUCUGAGACCACUUUGCACAGCUGACUUAAAUCGAGGCUUUUUUAAGGUUCUGGGUCAGCUGACUGAAACUGGAGUUGCAAGCCCAGAGCAGUUUAUCAAAACCUUUGAGCACAUGAAGAGAUCUGGAGAUUACUACGUUACCGUCGUAGAAGACACAAAUCUUGGACAGAUUGUUGCUACGGCAACGCUGGUGAUAGAACAUAAGUUCACUCACUCCUGUGCAAAGCGAGGAAGGAUAGAAGAUGUAGUAGUGAGCGGGGAGUGCAGAGGAAAGCAGCUUGGUAAACUAUUAACGUCCACCCUGACGUUGCUAAGUAAGAGACUGAACUGUUACAAAAUUACACUCGAGUGUCUGCCAAAAAACGUGGAUUUCUAUAAGAAGUUUGGUUAUUUGGUAUCUGAAGAAAACUACAUGUUUCAACGGUUCUUUAAUUAAGAACUUCUAGUCGUUUUUUUGUAAAGACUGUUGGUGGAGGAGCUUGUGCUACAAACAUUCUCUUCGUGGAAAAUUUAUAUAGUUUAUUGCUGCAGAUAUAAUGAUCCCUAUAAAUUAAUGAACAUGAAAUGUGUAAAUCCUGAAAAAAAAACAAUGUUACUGACAUUUUAGAAGGGUCCUUUGGGUUAGGAAAUAAGCGCCUCGAACUAAUUUUUACUACUGUUCAGUCUUAAGUGAAGCUUUUUUGUUCUAGCUGAGUUACAAAGGACUCUCGUUAAAGGGAUGGUUUUUAACCAAAGGUAUAUAUUUUUAUC